AAAUGCCCUGCAUGAUAUCUCAUGCAUAGCUGUGCUCCAAUUGUCUUGGUCUGAAUUAUAAACAUAUUUACUACAGAGAUUGGAAAUUCCCUUUUCACGUGUGAAUGGAUAUGUCAUUUACAGAAAAUGCUGGGUUAUGAGAGCACUUUGAAACUCUAGGAAAUCAGGCUUUUUAUAAAUGUUUUAAGUGUCGAGUAAUGUACAGUGGCUUAGAUUGUAGAGGAAGUGUGCAUAUAUAUAUAAAAGGAGGUCAGAUAUUGAACUAGAGUGUAUCCUGCUGUGUAUGUGGACAGUAGUAGGUAGUGCAAAUUGUCUGACACACGUGUACUGGAGGCAUCAUUGAUAAGUCACUCAGCCAACACAGAUCUAUUUCCUGCACCAGUAUGGAGAUUCUACAAUCCAGAGCUAUAUCUCAUAAUUACCUACCCAAAUCGAUUCAAAAUCCUUACGAUUUUGUCACCAAUCAAAAUGAAGCUUUCAAAAUCAAGGACAUACGGGUGACCGAGGUGAAAUCUGAGCAGGAUUUACUAAGAGUGACCUCUCAGGACAAGCCGGACAUCCACACCCAGGACUACACUCUACAACUUCAGUACCACAUUAAUGGCACGCGCGGUCACUUUCUGCUUGUCAGUGACGAGGGGCAGGUCAUGACUAACGGACACAGCAAGGACCCAAGAACUCUGCUGACCAUCAUCCACAACUUUACACGACAGCAUGAAUCCUGUUACCAGAUCAUUGGUUGGGGAACUAAUUUUAACCAGACAAUUCUCUACAUGGAUGGUACAGCACUGAAGACAAGGCCAUUCAAUCCUUGCAAGGGAGACAACAAUGACGACACUUUUUUUGCAUUCAGAACAAAAGGAAAUAGUGCAGAUGGACAUUACUCAAUUGUAUCAUGGACAGGCCAUCCCUUAGUGUUCGACACCCAGGGGAACUACCUACCCCCCAAUAAUCUGUCCAGAAGAACAGACACUUCAUAUCUGUUUAAAUUGCAAACCGUGGAUUGGAUGAAAGUCACCACUGUGUAACAAACACAGGAUACAAUUCACCACUGUUAAACACAGGAUACCAUUCACCACUGUUAAACACAGGAUACCAUUCACCACUGUUAAACACAGGAUACCAUUCACCACUGUUAAACACAGGAUACAAUUCACAUCAGUAAAACACUUACUGAAUGCCAGACAGAUUUUAGAACAUAAAAUUCUGUAUUACUGAGAUUAUAGUCAUGUAGGAAAUAUUUGUAUGGACAAACACAAAUUCGCCAAUUUCUUUACUUUCGCCAUACCUGAACUUGUCAACAUGUUGAUAAUAAGUAUGUACAGAUUAACAAAACUGAAACAGUUCUGUGAUGAAAUCUUUUGAAUUGUGGAAAUUCAUGCAGCAAAAAAUGAGAAUCAUUCACACAUAUGAAAUUGACCAACUCCACAUGGAACCUUCUGACCUGAUCUACUCUUGUCAAGCCAUUAUGACCUGAUUUAAUUGUUUCCAGACAUUAUGACCUGAUAAACUUGUGUCCAGACCUUAUGACCUGAUUAACUUGUGUCUAGACCUUAUGACCUGAUUGUGUCCAGAUCUUAUGACCUAAUUAACUUGUGUCCAGAUCUUAUGACCUAAUUAACUUGUGUCCAGAUCUUAUGACCUAAUUAACUUGUGUCCAGACCUUAUGACCUGAUUAACUGGUGUCUAGACCUUAUGACCUGAUUAACUUGUGUCCAGACUUGUAGAACUUAUUACUCACUGACACUGAGAUUACCCAAUCUAGUCAAUUCAUCUACAGUAUCAUGUGAUGUAGCCCUCCUUGCCAUUCUGCAUCUAAAUGUAUAUAACUUUGUUUCCUAUCAGUUUCACUAUGUACUAGUACAUAUUAACUACAUUUCUUGUUACAAAUAUCAUAAAUAACAUCAGUAACACUCAUACACAUGUAGAUCAUAUGAACAUUAAUUGUAAAUCUUGAAAAGCAUCAAAUAUUUAACCAAAUUUAAUCACCAUACCAACGAUGCACUCAAAAUACGCAGGCAGACAAUAAUUAGAAAGACUCUCGUCCAGCACAGUAGUAUGACAUGAACAAGACCGCAAAAUGGCCAACUGUUGUGUUGAUCGCCAUAACACCUGCAGUUUUAAAACAUUUAAGAUCUACACAAGAUUUAUGCCAUUCGGGGUAAUUAGAGUACAAUGUACUGUCAAAUGAUAUACAUGUUCCGAAUUCUACACCAAAGAACUUCUUGAUAGUUCUAGCUGUUUAUCUAAUAAUUGUUGUGGUUUACAGGUGCAAAUUUUUGUGAUACUUUUAUUUUAUUGUUUACGUGAAGUGGUUGUUUUAUUUUAGUAUAUUAGUUAUAUACAGUGUAUAUUUGUGUGUGUAAAUGUUAUGACAGUAAUAGUGUUUACAAACUGAAAAUCAAAACUACAAAGUGUAAUAUAUCAUCCUACUUUAGAUGAAGUAUGUAAAAUAUGGUCUAUACAAUUGCACAACAUAACAUUCUAACUAUAAGCAUUUAGUUAAGUUUUCAUCUUUCGUUAGAUACUUCAAACACUUUUUUCUUUAAGGACAAUUUAUACAUGAAAAGUAUGAGAUAUUGUAUAAUAAAAUUCGGUUGUGAAAAAUAUUAGAAUAAAAGCCAGUAAUUGUCAAAUUGAGUGAAUAUUAAGUUAAAACUUUCAAAAAAAGUGGUGAUGCUUUAAAACGGCAAAAAUCCUUAUAGAUUAUUAUUCAUAUGUUGGUAUAACACUAAUAUUGCCCAUUUACUUAUGUAUACAUCUGAUUUGCAAAUCAUAUAUGUACUUGUUUCCCCCGUAUGCUACAUCCACAGUUUGUAGUUAAUGUAAAUUACAGUUCAUUCAUUGUAAUCUUUUCUGAAAUUUAUUUCUUUAUAUGCUGUUAUAUGUUAUGGCCUCUGGGCCCAAAAUUGGAAUAAACUUAUUUUAUACAAACAAUGAUUAGAUUUACUGGUGUUUCUGUACAUGUUUGUUAUGUCCUUCAUUUCAAAAUAUUGUGAUCAUUGAUGAUGUGUUGUUCCUCCCAAAGUGGAGAUAUUAGUUGGGUUUUUUCCUCAGUAAAGUGUUGUGUGGUAAGGGAGAUAAUAAAGUAAACAAAACAAAUCAA